CAAGUCGAACUAAAAUCUGAGGACACAUUCUCGUUACGGAUAUCCGGAUGUACCUUUCUGGUUAGAUAGAUCAUUACAUCCGCUUUAACUGAUCAAAAACAAGCCAGCUGGAAUAACUGUCAAAUAUGAUCAAGGCAAUAUUAAUUUUUAAUAAUCAUGGGAAACCGCGGCUCAUCAGAUUUUAUCAGUAUUUUGCUGAAGACAUGCAACAACAGAUAAUCCGGGAAACCUUCCAUCUUGUAUCGAAGAGGGAUGACAACGUCUGUAAUUUCUUGGAAGGAGGAAGCUUGAUUGGUGGCUCCGACUACAAACUGAUCUACAGACACUACGCCACACUUUACUUUGUGUUCUGCGUGGAUUCUUCUGAGAGUGAACUCGGAAUUCUGGACCUAAUACAGGUCUUUGUGGAAACACUUGAUAAGUGCUUUGAAAACGUCUGUGAACUAGACCUUAUUUUCCACAUGGAUAAGGUCCAUUAUAUUCUUCAAGAGGUUGUGAUGGGCGGGAUGGUGCUGGAAACCAACAUGAAUGAGAUUGUGGCCCAAGUGGAGCUUCAGAACCGCAUGGAGAAGUCAGAGGGAGGGCUUUCUGCUGCACCAGCCCGUGCCGUGUCGGCCGUUAAGAACAUGAACCUUCCGGAAAUCCCCCGCAACAUCAACAUCGGGGACAUCAAUAUCAAAGUGCCAAACCUCUCCCCGUUCUGAGUGGAGAGCCGGGGCCAGUGGCACAGCCUUUGGCAGGAGUGGACCCAGCGCUACUGUUGUGAUGCUCGUUUAUUUUGUAUUGUUUUAUUCCCCUCUGGUCAUUCCCAUUUCAAAUCAUUUAGCCAAAGUGAGACAAGAAAAUCCUGGGAUUUAGCCUCAUGUCUUCAUGUAAGAGACCCAGCAUAUAUUUGCAUCCGUACUCGCGUAUAACUGUAGCAGCUUCUCGUGUGGUUUUCAGCCAUGUCUUUUUGUGAAUCACAUGGGAUAGCGCUUGUGGGCAGCCCAUCCCCUUUCUAAAUAAGUGAUUUAAAAGAGAUGUGUAGAAUUACAAUGUAAGCCUUCAAACUCACUGUUCCUCUAGAUGAUUUGACUACUUAUUUGCACUUGUACUUUUACAUUCUGUAUGUGUUGGAAUCAAUAAUUGUAGCCUGUGAUUUAUUUAUUCUUUUUUUUUUGGUUAAUUUCUGCCACGUGUCAGUUCAAACUUCCAUAAGCUCAAGGCUGGAAUGAAGAAAAAACCCUAUAACUUGUUUGUUACAUGAUGGAAAUUUGAAGGAAUGUUACUGUUGCUGGUGUCCAGACCUUGGUUAUGAGAGUGUGAUAGGUAGAGAAACAGACUGUGACAUGUCCGGGAUGGAAAUCGUACUCUUGAUAUAUAGCAGUCUGAGCCAGAUAUGGGUGAAUAUACUCAGUAAAAACUGCCUGUUGGUGGCUUACUAACCUGCUUCCACUAAGACCUGGAGCGGCUCUAACUGCUAUGCAUUGAGAGUGCUGUUUCUCUCCCUGCAUGUAGUUGAUGAACGGCUUAUCCUUCCUGUAUUGAAUGACACCCGCCUACACUGAAUGUGAUGUGCUGCCCGUUAACAUGUACCUCUGGUGAAAGGGGGAUGCUGUCCUGGGGAUGAAAUGAGAAAGACAGACCUAGCUGGAGCGCGUUGGCCCACCACGCUCUGUUCCACUAUUGCCUUCUGUUUGUUUCUCACACAGCGGUUUCCACCAGGACAGCAGUUAGGAAUGUGUUGAUGGAUUUGAUUCUUGUAGAGAUGUUUAAUCCAUUUGUGCACUUAUCAUGUGUAACAGGAGCUUUAUCUCUUUACAUUUGCGUGUGUUGUUAAAACAUUUGAGUGAGUGUGUUGGGUGGGGUUUUUCUGUUUACGGCUUUCGGAAUGGAAUGUGUGGGCUCACAGAGGUUUCCACAUUCAGUAGCAUGAGGCAGGGUGUGAACAUGCACUACAGAACGCAGUGGAACCGACAGCCUAGAACCAGAGCAAGAUUUCUGGUUGGUUUCCUUGGCUGAAGGCUUUGGUCUUUAGCUCAGUGAGCUAACUGGAUUUCACAUUGUGACCUACAGACAGCAAGGGGAUGUUGGAACCCUACAACAGACCUGCACCUCUAUGCUCUGAAUCAUCCUUGGCACGCAUUGCUGUGGUUUGCGUGAAGAUGUGAGAUGUGUGCUGCUAGUGACUGUUCAGUGAUGAUAAGGUUCGAAUGCCAGAACAUGAGUUUGCAGACGUACACACGAACUGGUCUGAAACUGAAGACAGCGCUCCAAAUCAGUUAACAAUUGACCUUUAAUAGCCUCGAACUUUAGUACUGAAACCUGUCUCAUUAGGAGGCUGCUCCGGUUCUGCGGAACAAACGUGUGGUCCAAACGCUUCAUGACAAAGAUGACAAAAAGAAAUAAUACACUAAAUUAUUCCUGCUUGGGAAGGCGGCCAUCGGUUCCUUUACCUCCAGCCAACCCUUUCCUCGAAUUCUGUCUGUGGCUUUCAGAACCUCUCUGGGCCCCCUGAGAAAUGCAAUUCCAAAUGAAGCUUUGAGCAGGUCCUGAUUGGUGAAAAUAACACAUGUGGUCUGAAUUUUACCCCUAAGAAUAGGAGUUGCCUUGGAAAAACACACACACACACUCAUUAUAACUCAAAAGGAGAUUCAGUUGUUUCUUUUUUGGAAAUUUUUACAGUUUAUUACACUGACACACAUUUUGGAUGAGGUCACUAAGCAAAUUCAAGUAAUCAGCUAUUGACUGUUGCCUACAUGAUUCAUUGUGGUUGGUAAACUAAUUGUACCAUUGGUCUUACACUGGAAUUUUGUUUUCCUGACAUGCAGUGCUUUGCAUGUUUAAGACUUGUCAAAGUGAUUUUUUUUGCUGGAAUGGGAGUUUCUUUACCAAUUAAUGCCCUGUAUUUUGAAAGUUGCCAAAACUGUGAUGAGUGCCCAUUAACUGGCUUUAUCACAAGCACACUAUAAAUUAUAACUCACAGGAACGGACAUAUCUUGUCCAAAUUCACUCGUUGGGGUUCACUGAAGAUAUGAGUGGAGAUGUCAUUGCCAUGUAUAAUGCAUAAUAUUAUUUAUGAUUAAAGUGACUUUUGUUGCAGUUCAUUGUACCUGGGUUAAUUUACCUGGAAAUGCGGUGAUUUUCCUGACCCUGUGUAAAAGCGUGCAUAUCUCCACUUUCCUAAAUCUUGCAAAAUAAACAGUGGACCUGCCGAAUCAC